AUGAAUUCAAAAAUUAAAGGAAUAACGGAUGAUAUAACAUCAAUUCCACCAGAAGAACAGAGAUAUUACGCAUUAAAUGCAUUUCCUAAAGUUUUGAAGAUUGGAAGAUUUAAUUUAAAUGAGGAAUUCAUAGAAGGUUUCCUAAAUGACAUAAUGAAGAAGGUGGAUAAGGAAUAUGUGGAUAGUGAGUUAAUGAAGAAAGCAGAUAAGGAAUAUGUUAAUACUGAAUUAAAUAAGAAGGUAGAUAAGGAAUACGUUAAUACUGAAUUAAUGAAGAAAGCAGAUAAGGAAUACGUUAAUACUGAAUUAAAUAAGAAAGCAGAUUUAGUUUAUGUAAAUACCGAGUUAAAUAAGAAGGCAAAUUUGGUUUAUGUUGAUGAAAAAGAUAAUGAAAUUAAAGAAAAGGUUGAAUGGGAUCAUGAAUGGACAUUGGAGACUUUUAAAGUUAAAGCUGAUACAGAAUGGGUUUCAGGAUGUUUAGACCUUAAAGCAGAUAAAACUUAUGUUAACGAUGAGUUAGAGAAGAAAGCAGAUAAAACAUAUGUUAACGAUGAGUUAGAGAAGAAAGCAGAUAAGGAAAAAGUUAUUUCAUUCAUUAAUACUGAGUUAGCAAAGAAAGCUGAUAUAUCAUUUGUUAAUGAAGAAAUAAAACAAUCAGAGGUCUAUUUUACUCCACCAUUUUUAAAUUUUAUGAAAUCAUCAGAUAAAACCUUUGAUAUAGAUCCUUUUGAAUGGAUAUGUUAUGAUGGAGUGACCAUGUAUUUAUUUUAUACAGCUGGAGUGCUUUAUUAUUUUAAAACAAAUGAUUUUAAAAACUAUGAAUCAUUUACUCCAUCU